AUGUUUACGAAACAGACUCUCGCCGCCUUCAUUGGCGCCCUGUCUCUGGCUUCUGCCAAAACCAUCCCCGCCUCUGCUUCCAUGCCCAGUUUGGCGGAGAUUGAGAAGGCUGCCGCAACCGCGUUGCCUUAUUCUCCCGUUUCCAACGUGAAGGGCCUGGCCUUUGAUCGAUUCCACCAGAUCUGGUUCGAGAACCAGGACUACAAAACCGCUGCCGAUGACAAGAACUUUGAAAAGAUUGCGAAGGAGGGUAUUCUCCUGACCAACUACUUUGCCACCACCCACCCUUCGCAGCCUAACUAUGUUGCGUCUGCUAGUGGUGACAACUUUGGUAUGGACAACGACGAUUUCAAACAAAUCCCGGCCAAUGUUUCUACCAUCGCCGAUCUGUUCGAUACCAAGAACAUUGCGUGGGGCCAGUACCAGCAAGCUCUCCCAUACGCUGGCUACCAGGGUUACAACUUCUCCAACCAGGAGACUUACGCGAACAACUACAUGCGCAAGCACGACCCUCUCAUCAUUUUCGAAUCCGUCACCAACGAUGCCGUCCGUCCUCGCCAGAUCAAGAACUUCACUUCGUUCUACGAUGACCUGAAGCACGAGCGCCUGCCGCAGUACUCCUUCAUCACCCCUAACAUGACCAACGAUUGCCACGAUACCAAUAUCACCGCCGGUGGCGAUUUCCUCGCAGAUUUCAUUCCUUCCCUCUUGGAAAACGAGUACUUCACCAAGGACACUCUUGUCUUGGUUACCUUCGAUGAGACCGGCAACUACACCGAGUCCAACCGUGUCUUCAGCAUUCUUCUUGGUGGUGCCAUUCCCGAACAUCUCAAGGGAACCACUGACGACACUUUUUACACUCAUUACUCCGUCAUUGCCUCCCUUAGCGCCAACUGGGGUCUUCCCUCCCUCGGCCGCUGGGACUGCGGUGCCAACAUCCUGAAGCUCGUUGCUGAGAAGACUGGAUUCGUCAACUGGGAGGUCGACCUUACCGCCGUUCCCAACCUGCUCAAUGAGACCUACCCCGGUCCCUUGUCGGAAAACGACUACUCCGACUACGAGCCCUUCUGGCCUAUCCCUGCUACCGAGGAGCAGUGCACUGCUGGUCAUGGCGUUGUCGAUGUUGUCAAGGAGACCUACGACCGCCGCAUGCCGUCCUACAACUACAUCAGCCCCGUUCCCUAUGAUAUUCGCAGUGGCUACAACACUGGCAUCAAGUACUGGCGUACUAAGGACGGCAAGAAGGAGAUGGGUAUUACUAACUAG